AUGGUUUUCAGCUCUAUUCAAUUUCCAAUCAGCGCUACUAGUGCUACUCCUCCUCAUAUGACUUUUACUGGCUUAUUCUGGAAGUGCGCGAGGAUAGGAGAACGAUUGAGUCCUUACAUAAGUGUUUGCUGUGUUGUUAUGGCUGUUUCUCUUUUCAUCGGUAACUAA